AUGUCCACUCAGAACCACCCUCUUGCAUCGACUCCCUUAUGGUCGUCUUAUAUGCCAAUUCAAGUUGCAUUCCCGCUAUAUCCGCAUAUAUUGGGCUUUGGUAUUGCUAUGAGUGAAGAUCCUGGCGUCCAGUUCAUGGGCGCCAGGUCCAAGCCAACUCAGCGUCACAUGUCAGAAGAAUCUAGUGAAGGGGGGCAAUCGUCCUGGCACCAUCACUUUCAUCCGCCGCGCCUGGAAAUGUCAAGGUCUCGGCCUGCCCGAUUGCCACCCAUAAGAACCCCUCGAGACGGCUUUGACUAUCGACGACCCGCCCAGACCAGAGCUCAGGAUGACGAUGUGAUUGAUUUGACGAACGAACCCGAGACUCCUCCACAACGAACUCAGCAUCGCAACGAUAACCGUCUCUCACACUCCUCGCGACUCCCGCGCUUUGGAAGGAAUAUCAUGGCCGAGGCAGAUAUCGUCGAUCUGGAAGACGAGCCGGACAACGCUGGAGAAGGACCUUCCAGUAGCCCAGAGGUUCAGUUUGUCCGGGCCACAGUACGCCAACAACCACCACCUCGAAGAUGGGACCCUGGCAGCUUGCUCCCGACCAACUUCCCGUUAACUCGCAGUCGAAGACCAGAUGAGACAUCACGAUGGCCAUCUCUUCCAAGACUUCCGAGACCUCACAAUAUUACAGCUAGCCAGAUAGACGCACUAUUCCUCGGCUCUAGAGACUCCAUUCCCAGCAUGAGCUCCCCAGGAGUUUUCCUUGACUACGCCCUUUCCUCAUUCUCUAUGGAGCCAGCCCCAGGACGACAAGAAGAGAGACGCCGACGUGAUGCCUACAAACCACCUAGCCCAGCCCCGGAAGGGUUUUCACGCACAUUAGGUGAAGAAGACGUUGCAAUUUGCCCUAACUGUGAGUGGGAGUUAGGAACGGGGGAGGGAAAGAAGCAGGAGAUUUGGGUUGCGAAGCAGUGUGGUCACGUCUACUGCGGUGAAUGUGCAGAGAACAGAUCUCUCUCCAAAGCCAAAAAGGCACAAGCAGCUCCCAAAACCAAGCCUUUCUCCAAGUGCCAGGUUGAGGGCUGCGGUAAGCCAGUGAGCGCACCGACAGCCAUGCUUCAUCUUUACCUAUGAUGCCUUUCCAUGACGUCCCAGUUUUUUCAUUUGCAUGACGGGUGGUGUUUUUUGGUUGCCUCUUCAUUAUUCCUUUUUCUUGUCGAUACCCAACUUGCAUGGAAAUACGGGGCGUUGAUUCUCUAACCUCUCGUUUUACUGAUUGUCCUUAUUUACGAUCUCCGAAUUAUUUUCUGCAUCGCCACUUGUAGUCCUUUCCUUUUGAAUUCAAAUCUUCCAUGGGUA